AGCUUCCCAUACCCAGAAGAAAAGGUUUCAACCACGCCAGCCGAAGAAUCGGCUUUUAAAGGAUCCUGGGCCAAGGAAACGACCACACAACCGACAACCACAACCGCUCAAAAAUGGUCCAACGAAUACGCGAAGAAGUACUACCAGGAGUACUACAAGGAGUGGCUGAACAACCAGACAAAGUUGCACGAGAAAAUGGAGGAGAAGACGGUGGCGGUGGAUACGAGCCUAAAACAGCGCCCAAAGCUGAUGCCGACCGGUGAAUCUGCUCCUCCACCGACCCCGGUGCCCAAGGAUACUAUGCCGCCGGGCAUGAUGCCGCCCGGUGGUCUCCCACCUGGAAUGCCACAAGGACAAGGACAAGGGAAUAUGUUUGGAAUCCUCGAUCCCCGUAUGGGCCAACGCGGUGAUCUCACCUUCCAGCAAUUAAACCAAAUCUGCACCUCCAUCCGAACGGCGUCCAGAGCCUUCGGCAUCGAGGACAUCAAGGGCUUCGCCAAGAUGAACUGCGGCUUCAUCUCGGCAUUCUACAAGGACGCGACCUGCGAGCAAAUCCAGCAUGUGAUGCAGUACUGCGAAAGUUACUUCAAAGACCCCGAACACCGCGGU